UUACCCAAAACCCGUGGCCACAAACAACCAUAGCUACGUAACACUAUUUUCGGCGCGGAACACAAAACUAACCAGUAACCCCCCUCACUAUAUUGCGCCGCCGAUUCUUCCACCCUCCUCCGCCGCUCUCGCCACCUACUCAGCCGCCACCAAUUGGCAAACCCUUUCCCCAAUUCCCUCUUUAGUAAAGGGAAUCAUAUUCAUAACCCUUUGCUUUCUCUUUCUUUCCUUCUUUUGCGUGAUGGAAUUGGUUUCCCUUUCCUUUUGAUUGUGCUUCUUUUGUUUGUUUCUUUGGUUGAUUGAUUUGUUCUUGAAAGUCUGUGGAAUUGGGUUAGAAAGAGAGAGUGUUAGCAAAGAAGAAAAUGGUGGCAAUGGCUUCUUUGCAAAUGAUGAAACCUGCUUUCUCUUCUUUUCCGAGUUCAUCAAGGGUUACGGAAUUCGAUUCCGAUGUUCAUAGGAAUGGGAUUCUCCGAUUCAGGAGGAGGGGAAUUGCUUCAAGGAAGUUAAUGAACCGGGUUUUUUGUAAAUUACAAGAUGGUGAUGAUCGUCCUAGCAACAACAGUAGCAGCAACGAACCUCCCGAAUCUUUGUUCAUGAAAGAGCUCCGAAGAAGAGGCAUUACACCCACUUCUCUGCUCGAGGAGAGCAAUCGGAGCACAAUCGAGGAAGAGAUAACAGAGGACGGAGUUGAUAGAUUGUAUUCAAAGAGAAAUGCAGUUGCAACAGGUUCAGACAAAAGUUUGACUAAUCAAAGAGAACAAUCAAUGGCACUGAACAGUGAAGGCCUUGAGGGCCUAAUUCCACGCGCUAAACUUUUGUUGACGCUUGGUGGAACAUUCUUCUUGGCAUUUUGGCCAUUAAUAAUUGUAACAGUUGGUUCUUUUGCUGCUCUCUAUCUGUACUUCGGGCCAACUUUUGUCCACGACGGAACCGACACUGGAGUUUCUCUCCCUCAAUAUAUCGAUCCUUACGUACUUCUGCAAGAAGAGAGAGCCAUACAAUAAAGUGUUCCCAAUUGUAAAUCAAAACUGGUGGCAAACAUGCAUAUGCAAAUAUGAAACUUUGAUAGCAGGUUUUUUUUAGUAUAGGGUAAUUCCCCAUAUUCGGGUUCUCUCAUUUUGCAAGCCAAAGAAAUGUACCUCAUGUUCAUCCUUUUCUUGCCUUGUAUCAUUGUAUGUCUUGUAUCUAACUGCUCAUAUAUUAGUGUAUGUUGUUUGUAUGUUGUUUGUAUGAUGCCAAAACUGUAAGAACUCUUAAGAAGUAAUAUAUAUAGAAGUAUACGUAUC